CAGAUUACCACUUUGAAUACACCGAGUGUGAUAGCAGUGGAUCCAGAUGGAGGGUGGCUGUCCCCAACCCAGCAGUGGAGUGCUCCGGAUUGCCAGACCCUGUGAAAGGGAAAGAAUGCACUUUUUCAUGCGCUUCUGGAGAAUACCUGGAAAUGAAGAACCAGGUGUGCAGUAAAUGUGCCGAGGGGACCUAUUCCUUGGGGAGUGGGAUCAAAUUUGAUGAAUGGGAUGAACUGCCAGCAGGAUUCUCCAAUGUGGCAACUUUCAUGGAUACUACUAUCGGCGCAGCUGAGAAUAAAGCAGACAGCUGUGACAACUCCUCAUGGACGCCUCGUGGGAAUUACAUCGAGUCUAAUAGGGAUGACUGCACGGUUUCUCUGAUCUACGCAGUUCAUUUGAAGAAGUCUGGCUCUGUCUUCUUUGAAUACCAGUAUAUUGACAACAACAUCUUCUUUGAGUUUUUUAUUCAAAACGACCAGUGCAAGGAGAUGGAUUCCACAGCAGACAAAUGGGUGAAGCUAACAGAUAAUGGUGAAUGGGGCUCUCAUUCUGUAACUUUGAAAUCAGGCACAAAUAUAUUAUACUGGAGAACAACGGGGAUUCUCAUGGGGUCAAAAGUGGUGAAACCUGUCCUAGUAAAAAACAUCACAAUUGAAGGAGUUGCGUAUACAUCUGAGUGCUUUCCAUGCAAACCUGGUACGUUCACUGAUAAACCAGGGUCUUCCAACUGCCAAGUGUGCCCAAGAAAUACCUAUUCAGAGAAAGGAGCUAAGGAAUGUACCAAAUGUAAAGAAGCAACACAUUAUGCAGAUGAAGGAUCUAGUCAGUGCAUGGAGCGUCCUCCUUGUACGAACAAAGACUUCUUCCAGAUCCAUACGCCAUGUGAUAAGGAAGGGAAGACUCAGAUCAUGUAUAAAUGGAUAGAGCCUAAAAUCUGUAGGGAAGAUCUUCGGGAUGCAAUGGAGCUGCCCCCUUCUGGAGAGAGGAAGGACUGUCCACCCUGCAACCCUGGGUUUUACAAUAAUGGAUCGUCUUCCUGCACGCCUUGCCCUCAGGGCAUGUUUUCGGAUGGGACACAGGAAUGCCAGGCCUGCCCAGCUGGGACUGAACCAGCUCUUGGAUUUGAAUAUAAAUGGUGGAACAUAUUGCCAGCCAAUAUGAAGACUUCUUGUUUUAAUGUUGGAAAUUCAAAGUGUGAUGGAAUGAAUGGUUGGGAGGUGGCUGGUGACCAUAUUCAGAGCGGGGCAGGGGGCUCUGACAAUGAUUUUCUUAUCCUGAAUCUGCACAUCCCAGGAUUUAAACCUCCAACGUCAGUGACUGGAGCAACUGGGUCAGAACUAGGACGGAUUACAUUUAUUUUUGAGACCAUCUGUUCAGCAGAUUGCGUGCUGUACUUUAUGGUGGAUGUUAAUAGAAAAAACACUAAUGUGGUGGAAUCCUGGGAAAGAAGUAAAGAGAAACAGUCCUACACUCACAUUAUCUCCAAAAAUGCUUCUUUCACAUUCACAUGGGCCUUCCAGAGAAUAAACGAAGGCCAGGAUAGCAGGCAGUUCAUCAAUGACAUGGUGAAGAUCUACUCAAUCAUGGUGACCAAUGCUGUGGAUGGAGUGGCCUCAACCUGUCGGGCCUGCGCACUGGGUUCAGAGCAGUUUGGUUCAUCCUGCGUGCCAUGCCCAGCUGGACACUACAUUGAGAAGGAAACUAACCAGUGCAAGGAAUGCCCAGCCAAUACCUGUCUGUCCGUACAUCAGGUGUAUGGCAAAGAGGCUUGUGUCUCUUGUGGGCCUGGCAGUAAAAGUACCAAGGACCACUCCACGUGCUUCAGUGACUGUUUGGUGUCGUAUUUCAAGGAUAACCAGAGCCUGAAUUAUGAUUUCAGUAACCUCAGUGGGGUGGGCUCGUUAAUGAGUGGACCCAGCUUCACGUCUAGAGGAACCAAGUUCUUUCAUUUCUUUAACAUCAGCCUAUGUGGGAAUGAGGGGAAAAAGAUGGCCAUUUGCACUGACAACAUAACAGAUGUCACUCUAAAGGAUAUGGUGGCUGAAUCAGAAGAUGAUUCAAACUUCAUGGGAGCUUUUGUGUGCCAGUCUACCAUCAUCCCAUCUGACAGCAAGGGGUUCAGGACAGCCCUGGCUCUGCAAUCCAACAGUCUUGCUGAUGCAUUUUUAGGAGCUACAGUGGAAACCACAUUGGAAAACAUUAGCAUGAAAACAGAAAUGUUUCCACCUUCUCCAAGGAAAAUACCUGAUGUGCAUUUCUUUUACAAGUCUUCCACAGUUACAACCUCUUGUGAAAAUGGACGUGCAACCAUUGUGACAAUGAGAUGUGACCCCUCCAAACCCAAUCAGGGAGAUAUUUCAGUUCCCAGCUUGUGCCCUGCCGGCACCUGUGAUGGAUGCACAUUCUACUUCAUGUGGGAAAGUGCUGAAGCCUGCCCUUUGUGCAUGGAGCAUGACUACCAUGAGAUUGAGGGAGCUUGCAAAAAAGGAUUUCAGGAGAUCCUGUAUGUAUGGAAUGAGCCAAAGCAGUGCAUCAAAGGGGUUUCCUUGCCAGAGAAAAGGAUCAGUACCUGCGAAACAGUGGACUUCUGGUUAAAAGUUGGAGCAGGUGUUGGGGCGUUCACAGCUGUCCUACUCAUAGCCUUGACCUGCUACUUCUGGAAGAAGAAUCAGAAGCUGGAGUAUAAAUAUUCCAAAUUAGUGAUGACAGCAAACUCAAAAGAGUGUGAGCUCCCAGCUGCUGACAGCUGUGCUAUCAUGGAAGGGGAAGAUAACGAAGAGGAAAUAGUAUAUUCAAAUAAACAGUCACUUCUGGGAAAGCUCAAAUCAUUGGCAACAAAGGAGAAAGAAGAUCACUUUGAAUCUGUUCAGCUGAAAUCUUCAAGAUCCCAAAAUAUAUGACGAUUUAUUGCUGCCUUCAAAGAAACAAACCUGAUUUCUAUUUUUACAGGACCACAUUUUAAACACAUUCUGGCAUACAUCUUAGUGGUGAUCUCUCUAACAAAAGUUGAGUUUAAGAGAGAAGUUGAAGAUCAAAACAAAAGAGUGGGUUGCCUUAUCACGUGAUCGAGUACCUUGCCAAAAAGGAAAGCAGACACUUGGAUUCCAUACUGAAAAUGAAAUUUAACUCAGGAAGAGAGAGACAUUCUGCCAAUGACAUGAGAUAUUCACCUGGGCACUGCUCAGGCAUGUAAUGUGAUUUAUAGGUACCUAUCACUUUUUCUCACUCCUUCCACACACAUCAUAAGAAAUUAUUCUUCCGAGAGACUGGAAAUCUUCUACAAAGGUUCUGCAUUGUUCCUUUUGUAGCAUUUCAAGUCUCUCUUAAAAUGGUCAACGGUACUUGAAGGGGAAGAAACAUAGGUGAGUUUUGAUUCUUGGAGAGGAUAAUACUUUAGAAGGUCAGGGCCUUGUUACACCUUACACUGUGAGCCGCACAAAUGUUGAUUGGUGUUAGUGCUAGCUUGGAAUUUGGAGCAGUCACACCCUUAGUCUGGAGUGACACAACUUUGAGCUGCCUAACGAGUGUUUAAAACCACUUAAGAUGUUAAUGUGCGGACAAUCCAGGGGUUAAGAGCUCCAGGAGCUGCCCAAAAUUACCGUGUAACAAGGCUCUAAGUGUUUUGCAACAGCCUCUAAUGUAGCAGGCACAAUUUUACAUCUACAGGCUGAACCCAUUUAGAUGCCAAUGUAAUAACAGUCUUGGCAGGAUUAAAUUUCAGAAGCCCUGGGAGCAUCUACAUGAGAUGUUACGCUGCUGUAGUGAUGAGCUAUGGCAGUAUAGUUCAUCUCUAUGGCGAU